CAGCAACAAGAAGUCGGAUAAUCUACGUGCCAACAAUGUGAUGCAACGUUCUACUUGACCAGCACGAUGCGAUUGUCAAGGGUAUGCUUGAGUGCCCAAUUAAAUAAAAUUAAUAAUCCAAGACAGCCAGGGGAUCAGCUUUUCCUUAAGAAUGUAAAUUCACAACACUUCUUUUUCUAGGAGGCGGAAACCCUUCCCUCCGUUCAUGAUUAAUGUUAUUAUUUAUCAAGAUCUCCAUCUCACCAUCUAGAUAGAGAUAUGCCUCACGUGUGCUGAUAUAAGCGAACCGACCUAGAGAAGAUACUGGGAUGCCGCUUCUAAGCCACUAUGGCGAUAUACCCGAUAUUUCUGACAAACUGGUAUAUCCGUCAAUAGUCUUUGCUGUUGUGACACCACUUGUCGUUUUGGCCAGAUUCGUGUCGCGGAAAUGGUUCUCAGGGAUUUUGGGACUUGAUGACUGGGUAAUCAUCGUCUCCUCGAUGAUUGCCGAGGUGGUCUCAAUUCAGAUGCUUCUUAUUUGCGAGGGCGCGUUUGGAAAGCACAUCGACCAGAUAGAAGAUAAACAAAUAAUUGCCAAGACCCUCAAGGUCUACUUUGUUGCACAGCUCCUAUACAAGGUCAACCUCGGUUUGACAAAAACCAGCAUUCUUUUUCUAUACCUCAGAAUUUUCGUGACGCGGUGGUUCCAAAGAACGUGUCAAAUAUGCCUCGCCAUUGUCAUCGCCUUCACCAUUGGAACGGUCAUGUCAAGUAUCUUCCAGUGUACGCCCGUUGCGCGUGCUUUUGACCAUAGCAAGGAGGGAACUUGUAUCAACAUGACUACAUUUUGGUAUUUGAAUGCCGGGUUCAAUAUCCUCAGCGACCUAGUCUUGAUUUUUCUGCCUAUACCUGUCAUCGUCAAACUUCAGCUCCCGACGCAACAGAAGAUAUUGUUGUGUGGGAUUUUUGCAGUUGGCAUAUUUGUCUGCAUAACCUCGAUCCUACGCCUCAGCAGCCUGAAUAUUGCCACUUCACACCACGAUAUAACAUGGAAUAGCAUCUCAUCAUCAAUUUGGACAAUAAUCGAAUCGAACCUCGGAAUUAUAUGUGCAUGCUUGCCCGCUCUGCAGCCUAUUAUAUCGGGGAUUUUCCCUUGCAUUCGGAUGGCAACUUAUAAUAGGUCGUACCGAUCGUAUAAUUACGGAACCAACAGAUACAACUCUAGGCAAGGGUAUAAUUUGCACGGCUCACGUAUCGAGAACGAUAGAUGGAACGAGUUGCAGGAACCGGAAAGGCCGACCAGCCAAAUCAUGAGCAGCUGUCGACUGGUAGAUGACGAUGUUGUUGCUGAGGGACAUAAUAAUAACAUUGUCAAGACUACCCAGUUGCAGAUUCGGGUUGAAAGAAAGGAUUUUCACACGUUAUGAGUUUGGUCGGGUUAAGUUGGAAUAAAAGCUUAUUUUAAUAUUGUCAUAAUGAUAUCCAGGAGGUGUUGUGUGAGGCAUUUCAAUUUACACGUUUUUGACCCAGCUGUACCUACCGCGGUAUGUGCAUCGAUGGCCUAUCUGAUAAGGCUCGUAGCGCCAUCACGAAGAGUCAAAUUUGCAGCAUUUCCCAUUUCCUUAAUUAUAUCGUUCGUAAUAUCCUUCCAAGACUGAUCCCGAUCAAGUUCAUCUUUUUCACGCGGAUCCAAAUCAAUAAUAUCAAAGGCAUGAGCAGCCCAAGGAUGAUGUAAAAUUAAGCCUUUACGAUAUCCGAAUGGAGGAAAACGUGUCCAGAUUAUCUUGAGUAACAGAAUGUCGUCGAUGCUGAUACGUAGGGCUUCCUCGUCCACAUACGCAGAGCUAUUUUUAAGGCUA